UCUCUCUCUAUCUCUUCCCAAUUUCCCAUCGCUAUUUCCAGUCCGAGGGAGAGGAGCGGCGACGACAGGCGGCUCCCCUCCAGCGCUGGCUCCGGCGAGCCCGCUCCUCCUUCCUCCAAAGAGUCCUCCCUCCUCCCUCCGGUAACAGGUUCCCCCCCCCCGUGCCGCCGCCCCGGCAUCACCGGCGCCGAAAGGCAUCAACGUGCCGGCGCGGCCCCGGCCGGCCGGCCUCCUCCCCUUUGCCUCGCUUUGCUCCCGCUACGAUCACCGGCCGCCCGCCCUUGUCCGCCACCCACCGCCGGUCCGCCGCCUCCUAGGUCCUCUCUCCAAACCCGAUCCCCCACUUCCCCCUCCCCAGCGCCACCUUCCCCCACCCCACCCCACGCCGUCGCUGUUCCUCCCCUCCCGGGCUCUUCCGCUCACCUCUCCAUCGCCUCGGUCUCGCAGCUUCCGCCUCAGUCUCCCCGACUUCCCGUUGUCCGUCGCCAACCGAGGUGCCGAGCCACUGCCGUCAUUUGCCCUCCCGUCUGCUCAAUCCACGGAGCGGCAGAGGGUCGAGGAACCGCCGCGACAAGGCACCACGGCCACCGCAAGGCAGACGCCGAGGCGCCAUCGGCCGCUGGCACCGGGAUCCCAUGACCCCUGACCAGCCAGCUUAAUUAAUUUUGUGCUCUCGAAAACUCGUAGGACUACUAAACGAAAAAUUCCUAGCUACGCCACUGCCUCCUGCCCAUUGCCAGAGGCGCGGCGGCGGCGGCGGCGGCGGGGGCGGCGAAGAGUCCCGUGAGCGCCUCCUAGAUGGGGCUGCUCAGCAUCAUCCGGAAGAUCAAGCGCAAGGAGAAGGAGAUGCGCAUCCUCAUGGUGGGGCUGGAUAACUCGGGGAAGACGACGAUCGUGCUCAAGAUCAAUGGGGAGGAUACCGGCGUCAUCAGCCCCACCCUCGGCUUCAACAUCAAGACCAUCAAGUACCACAAGUACUCAUUGAACAUAUGGGAUAUCGGUGGACAGAAGACUAUCCGAUCUUACUGGAGGAAUUACUUUGAGCAAACUGAUGGACUAGUUUGGGUGGUUGAUAGUUCAGACAUUAGGAGGCUUGAUGAUUGCCGUGCUGAACUCCACAAUCUCUUGAAAGAAGAGAGACUAGCAGGAGCUUCAUUGCUGGUGUUUGCAAAUAAGCAAGAUAUUCAAGGCGCUCUCAAACCUUCUGAAAUUGCUAAGGUACUCAAUUUGGAAGCGAUGGACGGAAGCCGGCACUGGCAGAUCGUAGGCUGCAGCGCGCACACCGGGGAGGGCCUUCUUCAAGGUUUCGAUUGGCUCGUCCAAGACAUUGCAUCUCGGAUCUACGUGCUAGAAUGAUGUGAACCUCGUUUCUCUGUAGUAUUUAUGUGCUGGAACGAUUGAACCUCAUUUCUUAUCAACCUCUUCGUCUUGUUCUGUAACGGUGAACUAUUGGCAUCAUGAUUUUUGAGCAUGAUGGUUCUGUUUUGUGCACCAUGACCAUCUGAAAAGUUUCAUUCCUUAUCGAAC